AUGAAAAAAAAAAUUGACUCAUUGGGAGCCACUUUUUUGCAGCUUCAAUCACCAUUUUACUAUUCUUUUUCACUAGGAUCAUAUACCAUGAGUUUGGAGUUGUAUGGAGCCAAGGGCAGCUCGUUGCUCACAUUAGUCAAGAAUUUGAAAGUUGCAAUAGCCACAGCAGUUUACAAACCCGAUCUUGCAGUCCAAAUCUCAGAAGAUGGCAGCAUCAAAGAUGUCUUGCUCAAGAAACCGGAUUUCGAAUUGACUGAACCAAAUGCUAUAGUCAAAUAUCUCGCUAAUGACUUUACCAGUGAUGAUUUGACCAGAUUCGAGGAGUCCCAGCUUUACAGGGCCUUGUCGUUGAACAAGAAAGAGGCAGUAUUUACCAACGACGUUCAAAACAUCCCAUUGCCAGACAAGGUCGAACUUUGUCCCUCGCAAAUCAUCUUGUUUUCAGCAUUAUACCCACUUUAUAAUGGUGGUGCUGCCUCUUCAGCCUUCCCCACCUUGCAAGUUCCAGCAUGGUUUAGCGAGUUUGCUAAGGAUCCAAAAGUCGAGGCCGGAGUCAAGCAUGCAUUGUCAAUCACCAAGUUGAAGAGAGUCAAGGCCACCAACACCGGGGCCCGGAAUUUCAACCAGGAACACUUGGUCAAGAGCCAAGCGGAUAGAAUCGUGCCCAACUCCGACGAGCGCAACAUCUUGAUCACCUCGGCGUUGCCCUAUGUUAACAAUGUGCCUCAUUUGGGUAAUAUUGUCGGGUCAGUCUUGAGUGCUGAUAUUUACGCCAGAUACGCCAAGAAUAGAAACUACAAUGCAAUCUAUAUUUGCGGUACCGAUGAGUAUGGUACAGCCACUGAGACCAAGGCGUUGGAAGAUGGCGUCACGCCACAGCAGUUGUGCGACAAGUACCACAAGAUCCACAAGGAAGUCUACGAUUGGUUCGACAUUGGGUUUGACUACUUUGGUAGAACGACUACUCCCUUGCAGACUGAAAUCGCCCAGGAUAUCUUUACCAAAUUGUACAAGGGCGGGUUUUUGGAAGAGAAAACCACCGAGCAAUUGUACUGUGAUCAUCAUCACUCGUUCCUUGCUGACAGAUUCGUCGAGGGCACGUGUCCCAAGUGCGGCUACGAAGACGCACGAGGCGACCAAUGUGACAAGUGUGGCCAGUUAUUGGACCCCUUGGAGUUGAUUGAGCCUAGGUGUAAAGUCGACGGCACCAAGCCAGUGGUUAAGCCCUCGACGCACAUUUAUCUCAAGUUGAACGACUUGGAAGCUCCACUUAAGGAGUGGGUCGACGUUUCCAGCGAAAAGGGCUCGUGGUCGAAAAACUCCAGGACCAUCACCAACUCGUGGAUUAAGCAAGGGUUGGAGCCAAGAUGCAUCACUAGGGAUUUGAAAUGGGGCACACCGGUGCCACUUGCAGGAUACGAGGAAAAAGUGUUGUACGUGUGGUUCGAUGCCACGAUAGGGUACGUUUCCAUCACCGCCAACUAUUUCAAGAACAUUGAAGAAGCCGAUACUGAAAACUGGCAGAAAUGGUGGAAGAACCCCGAGAAUGUCGACUUGUAUCAGUUUAUGGGCAAGGACAAUGUUCCCUUCCACACGGUGGUGUUCCCCGCGUCUCAAAUCGGCACAGGCGACGACUGGACCAAGUUGCACCACUUGAGCACUACCGAGUAUUUGCAGUACGAAGGCGGCAAGUUCUCCAAGUCGCGAGGCGUGGGUGUUUUUGGCAACAAUGCCAAGGAGACUGGCGUGCCUGCCAGUGUGUGGAGAUACUACUUGGCGUCGAAUAGACCCGAGACCAGCGACGCGCAUUUCUCAUGGGACGACUUUGUGACCAAGAACAAUAGUGAGUUGUUGGCCAACUUGGGCAACUUUGUCAACCGAAUCAUCAAGUUUGCCAUUGCCAAAUACAACGGAGUCUUGCCCGAGUACAAUGCUCAGAAACACAUUCCAAACUACGACACUUUUGUUUCCGAAGUCAACAAUUUGCUAACGACGUACAUCAACAAUAUGGAGGCUGUUAAUUUGAGAAAAGGGUUAGAGACAGCCAUGCUUCUUUCCUCUCGAGGCAACCAGUUCUUGCAGGAGAACAAGCUCGACAAUAGUUUGUAUAAUGACCACCCCGAGAGAGCCGACGCCGUUGUUGUUGUCGCAUUAAACUUGGUGUACUCAGUAGGUGCCGUGUUUUCGCCAUUCAUGCCCGAGACCACCAGCAAGAUCAACCAGAUGUUGAAUGCGCCCGCCUUGUCCAUCACCGAUGAGUUCACGCUUGUUUUGCAACCGGGGCAUCACAUUGGCAAGGCGCAGUAUUUGUUUACCAGGAUCGACGAGAAGAAAGUUGACGAGUGGAGGAAGUUGUAUGGCGGACAACAAAAGAAAUAG